CUGGCUGUCCAGGAAGGGAGAGCUUGGUUUGCUGAGAGCACAGGGCCACAGGCAAGGAGAACUUGGGCUCUGGGUGUUGUGGGUUAUACUUAAGGUGUGGCAAUCCUACCCAGCGUUGGGCCCUAUCCAAGUGCCUGUUCACCAUGCACCCAUGCACGCAUCCAUUCAUUCUGCAUCCCCAUAACAUCUCCCAAGGGCUAGGCCUGAGCCGGCCUUGGGUUUGGAAUGGUGAAGUGUCUGCACUCCAGCUCUGUGGAAAGUCUCUGCUCCAGAGGAGGGAAACCAGGCCUGGAGAAGGGGAGAGACUGGACUGAGGCCUCCACAGCUUCCCGACUUUCCCUUCCUGGCUCCAGAGUAGCUUCUUGGAGGGUUCAUGACCUUACAGGUGAUCUCUCUGGCCGCCUCCUUGCCUAUCUGAGCCUCAGCCCUAUUUUUGUUAUUGUUGGUUUUGUGACCCUCAUCAUAUUCAAGCGGGAGCUACACACGAUUUCAUUCCUCGGGGGCCUGGCACUGAAUGAAGGUGUCAACUGGCUGAUCAAACACGUCAUCCAGGAGCCUCGGCCCUGUGGAGGCCCACACACAGCAGUGGGCACUAAGUACGGGAUGCCCUCCAGCCACUCCCAGUUUAUGUGGUUCUUCUCUGUCUAUUCCUUCCUUUUCCUGUAUUUAAGAAUGCAUCAAACAAAUAACGCCAGGUUCUUGGACUUGCUGUGGAGGCAUGUGCUCACCCUAGGGCUCCUCACUGCAGCCUUUCUCGUCUCCUAUAGCAGGGUCUACCUGCUGUACCACACCUGGAGCCAGGUACUCUAUGGGGGUAUUGCUGGAAGCCUCAUGGCCAUCGCUUGGUUCAUCUUCACCCAGGAAGUUCUCACCCCACUGUUCCCCAGGAUAGCAGCCUGGCCCAUCUCCGAGUUUUUCCUCAUCCGGGACACGAGCCUCAUCCCCAAUGUGCUCUGGUUUGAGUACACAGUAACCAGGGCAGAAGCCAGGAACAGACAACGCAAGCUGGGGACAAAGCUGCAGUGAUUGGUGGGCGUGGCUGGGUCAAGCCCCCAAAUCUGGCCUGCGCCAUGCCUCGCAGGAUGGACAGGAUGAUGGACGGAGGAGGGUGAAGCAGAGACCUUGACAGACCCAAGUCACCAAGUGGAGCCUUUUUUCCUUAUUUUCAUUUUAAUGGACAUGGUGGACCAAAGGGCUGAGUCAGGCCCUCAGCGAGGACCCUGGGAGGGCCUGCUGUCUGUGGGUCACAUGGCCAGAGACCCUGGCUCUGCUGCUGCCAGCUCCUGACUGGGUGGAAAGUGUUCUUGGCAUGGGCCCUGGGUUGGGUAGAGCAUGGGGGCUUGGUCCUCUGGUCUUGAGACCAGGAACUCCAGGUGGAGUGCACACUAUUUAUUUUUUGGGAUUGUGGAGUUGGCUGCUCCACAGUGGCUGCCCUGGUACAAAGGGCCCAGGUCAGCUCCAGGCCCUGUGCCCUGAGCUGGGGCGGCCUGCCUCCUGUUGGACCUGAGUGGAGCCUGGAGCCUGGGGCCCAUGAGUGAGGCAUCCCCUGCUCUCCUUGCCACCCCUCCAGAACCUUGUCAGUGUUUCCUUGCCUGGGGGCAGGGCCCAGGUCGAGCACCCGUCUGUCGGCUGCUGUCAUUGCGUUCUUCCCUAGACCCACCCAACAUCACAAGGGCUUUCUCUGGUCCUCCAUCCCUUCCUGACAAGAGCCUGCACCUAGGGGUGAGCACACCCGAGCGUUUACAGCCCCUUUUGUCUGGCCAUCCAGUAGCAGUCUGUCUUCACCCCCACAUGAACAGCAGGAACCAGGAGCUCAGCUGGAUUCUGGCAGUGUGGCAGUGCUGACACCCUCCCCAUCAGCUGCCCUGUGUGCUCUGGAUUUGCCCGUCCUUCCUGGCCUGCCCUGGAGGCUACCUGGGUGUGGGCUCUCCGACCCCCACCUGCACAGCUGUAAGGAGACCCUCUUAGGACCUGUCUCCGGUCGGCCUGCCCCAGUUGUGGAGAUGCUUCCCGAAGUGCAGCAGCCCCAGGGGGCUGUUCAGCCCUCCCCUUCUCUUCGUGGAGGUCCUAACCUGCUGCUGAAGCACAAGUGUUUGGUGCUUUCCUUUGGUGUUUGUUAAAGGCCGUGUCCAAGCCUCUCGAGAUGCCAGGGCCAGGGCCGGUUUCUAGGGAGGUAGUCAGUCAGUCACAUUCCCCCCCUUCCCUAGGAUUUUUAUUUUUGACUUUUUGCUUGAGACAAGCCAAGUGUGAGGUGGUUUAAGAAAAUAAAAUUGUUUACUAUUGUUUUAAAAUAAAAUCUGAAACUCCGGAGGCUGAGUACACGUUAACUGAACUGAGGAGAGGAGGCUGUGACAGGCAGCCCUCUGGAGCCCCAAGCAUUUCCAGGGGACUUUGUCCCCACAAGCCCCCAAAGUGAAGGUUUAAUGGCCUCAAAAUCUGCCACAGGAGCUUGCCAGCCUCUGGGGUCUGCCAUUCAUGUCUGUGCUCCUGUCAGAUGCCCUCCCUGCCUGGUAGAGGCUAGCCCUGGCCAGCUUUUCCUCCACAGAAGUCUUGAGGACUGGGGAGUAUCUGUCCUUCCUAGGGGUUCCAUGGUCCACUCACUUGUGCCGUCUGCUUCAGUGUGUACGGGGUUUUGCCUUGGCAGAAAUGCCUGUCCGCCAAGCUGGUGGUCAGAGGCCUUGCAGUACUGAGUGAGCACAGGCUGGCCCGAAGCAGGUAGUUUCCUUUCUUGGCAAGUUAGGCCGAGGUACACAGCCACACCCUCUGGGUGAGUGUGUAUGGGAGGUCACCAUGUUCCUCACAUGGUGGGGGAGGGUAGAAUCUUGACUGUUAUUACUGCUGGCUGGUAGUGACCCCAGGAAAAAGAAUGUAUCCUGGACUUUAUUUUUUGAGACAGGGUUUCUCUGUGUAGCUU